CUUCCCACUAUCAUUUACAUUUGGUUCCAGACAUACCAUUAACAUGUUAUUUUAUCAUACUUAAUGUGGAUCAACGUAAAUUUGCCACACUGAAAAUGGCGACAGAACCUAACCAUUCCUGACCAACUUUACGCAGGCGCCUGUGUUAACGUUUGUCCUCCUCUACCUUGUCAAUUUGGAAAGGACUACCGAGGCCUGGGUCAAGGAUCUCCAGCACUGUAAAUUACAGGUCAGUCUAUGUAUUGAAGUUCGCUAAUAUAUUUGGGACAUUGAUGAAACCAAAUCUAGCUACCCAUCAUGGCACUGAGAAGCGCUGUGUGCCGUCUGCUGGUCAACCCCCAGAGAUGUGCCAUCAUUUCAGCAUCAAGAUCUCAGGGAUCAGCAGCACCUGCACAAAAGGAUGCAGAGAAAGCUAGUGAGAAGAAGGCUAAAGCACCCAAGGUUCAGUUUAACUGGCGGGAUGGCCUGGAGCUGGAGGGUCAGCUAACUGAGGACGAGAUCAUGAUCCGAGACUCGUUCCGUGAUUACUGUCAGGACAAACUCAUGCCCCGCAUUCUGAUGGCCAACAGAAACGAAGUGUUCCAUCGAGACAUUGUGUCAGAAAUGGGGGAGCUGGGUGUCCUGGGCCCAACUAUUAAAGGCUAUGGCUGUGCUGGGACGAGUUAUGUGGCCUACGGUUUGAUCGCGAGGGAAGUGGAGAGGGUGGACAGUGGCUACCGCUCUGUCAUGAGUGUGCAGUCCUCCUUGGUCAUGCACCCUAUCUACGCGUACGGUACCGAAGAGCAGAAGGAGAAGUGGCUGCCCAGGCUGGCUCGUGGAGAGAUCCUGGGCUGUUUUGGGUUGACUGAGCCCAACCACGGCAGUGACCCCGGUGGCAUGGAGACCCGUGCUAAGUUCAACCCCUCCAGCCGCACCUUCACUCUCACUGGCUCCAAGACCUGGAUCACCAACUCCCCUGUGGCGGACAUUGCUGUGGUCUGGGCCAAGUGUGACGAUGGGAAGGUGUGUGGCUUCAUCCUGGAGCGCGGUAUGAAGGGCUUCACCACACCCAAGAUCGAGGGCAAGUUCUCUCUGAGGGCGUCUGCCACUGGCAUGAUCAUCAUGGACGAGGUGGAGGUUCCUGAGGAGAACAUGCUGCCCAAAGUCUCUGGCCUGGGGGGUCCCUUUGGUUGCCUGAACAAUGCCCGGUAUGGCAUCGCCUGGGGUUCACUAGGUGCUGCAGAGUUCUGCUUCCACGCGGCUCGUCAGUACACACUAGACAGAAUCCAGUUUGGAGUACCCCUGGCCAGAAACCAGUUGAUGCAGAAAAAGAUGGCCGACAUGUUGACAGAAAUCACCAUUGGUCUGCAGGCCUGUCUACAGCUGGGGAGACUCAUCGACGCCAAAAAGGCAGCCCCUGAGAUGAUCUCUAUGCUAAAGAGGAACAGCUGUGGGAAGUCCCUGGACAUCGCCCGGCAGGCCAGAGACAUGCUGGGAGGAAACGGCAUCUCUGACGAGUACCACAUCAUCCGCCAUGUUAUGAACCUGGAGGCCGUCAACACAUACGAAGGUACCCAUGACAUCCAUGCCCUGAUUCUGGGCAGAGCCAUCACUGGACUGCAGUCUUUCACUGUUAAUAACUAACUGCCUGCUGCUAGUGCUCAAACAGACCACUAUCAGAAACCUCAAGUCAAUCUGUUCCUUAAACAAAGGACAAGUAGUUCUACACUGCUUUAAUGGCUUGUCUUCUACAGUAACACUAAUGCUAAUGUUUCCUCUCUCUUGAGUUUGUAGAUUAUGGGCUGGUUUUCUGGACACAGAUUAAGCUUGGUCCUGGACUAAAAAGCAUGCUCAAUGGAGAAUCUCGAUUGAAAUGGCUUUUUAGACCAGGACUAGGCUUAGUCUGUGUCCGGGAAACCAGUCCUAAAUCUUUAUUUUAUGCGAAUGACCAGGUCGGGUAUUAAAGGCAAGUCUAUCAUCGAUCUCAUGGACAAUUCAUGAGUGUAAUUAUUUCAACUUGAAAAACAAAGCUAUUUUUCUACUCUCAUAAAACCCUAGUACUUACUGGUUUGUUUGGACAAUUUCUGUCUAGAAUGUGUUUGAAAUAGUUUACUAUACGGUGGAAGUUGAAAUGGUUCCGAAUGAAUCGCUUGUUUCCUCACAGCAUUUGUAGUAAAAUGGUUUUUGGACAAACAUUGUAAAAUGAGGUCAUGAUCCAUACGUAUGUCCUGAGUUUUUAGAACUGUUAUGGUACAAAUGACCAGUUAUUGAAUGCCAAAUAAUUGAUACUGCAUGUACUGUUAGAGUUAGGGGGAAAAAAGUUAAAUCAAUUGAAGUUAAAUUAAGUAAAUAAAUGAAAGCAGUUUAAAUAAUCAUGCCGUUGUAUUUGUGACCAUUUAGGCAGAUCUGAGAAAUGUGUAUUUGGGGUAUUCCAUGAAGUGUAUUUUGUGUCCCUUUGAUAUAGAAAUUAUGCACCACUAUUGAAUUUUAAAAGCCUGUUACAUUAAAUGAAGUGCCCUUUAAUAUAGAUCACACGGAGUAUUCAAUAAAUCAGAUUUCUAUUAUGA